GAAUCUUGGGUGAUGAGGUGUAUAUUUUCCUAGUAAGUUUCCUUGGCCACAUUUUACAAAUUCUUUGAGGUUCAUUGUUAAGAAUCCUAAUCCAAUCACCACGCGUCUUCCAAUUCAAAAAUUUCCACAGAAAAUGAAUAAAAUAUUCUCAUAAACAAUUGUUUCUGCAGAUAAAGUCCCUUUUCUGCCGGGAGAAAUGAAUGCAGUAAUUUAAUCCCAAGUUGAGCCAUUUUGUCAAUUAUUCCCAUAAUUCAAAAGGAAAAAUUGUUGAUUCUUCCACUAAUCCACCAUCGCUUCUUAACCCAAUUUUCCUCUCCUCUUUCUGACAUAUUAUCAAACAAAUUCAAAGCAAUGUCUACUCAUUUGAGUGAGCAGGUUGUCCAAGUAGAGUAUCUUGAUGUCCUCACCAAGACUGGAGAGAAAACUGGCGUUUCAAAACCCAGGGGUGAUGUCCACAGAGAUGGUGACUAUCAUCGAGCUGUACAUGUGUGGAUAUUUGCUGAGAGUACGCAAGAACUCCUUAUUCAACUUCGUGCUGAAUGCAAAGAUUCCUGGCCUGGCCAUUGGGACAUCUCUAGUGCAGGUCAUAUCUCCGCAGGAGAUUCAUCUCUUGUCACAGCGAGGAGGGAGGUUCAGGAAGAGCUUGGUAUUAUACUUCCGAAGGACGCGUUCGAACAACUAUAUGUUUUGCUUGAAGAAUGGGUCACAAAUGAAGGGAAAUUCAUUAACAAUGAAUACUGUGAUGUCUAUCUUGUGACAACAAUAGACCCAAUUCCACUGGACGCCUUUACCCUUCAGGAAUCUGAGGUUUCAGCAGUUAAAUAUGUACAUUUUGAGGAGUAUAGAAGCUUGCUAGCGAAGAAAGAUCCUCAAUAUGUGCCUUAUGAUGUCAAUGAUCAAUAUUGUAAGCUCUUUGAGAUACUUUCAAAAAGGUACAAACAAAAUGCUGAAACACGUGCUAUGAUUCUACAAAAGCAGCUGAAUCGUUAUGCUCGUGUUUCCCUUGGUGCAGAGUUGACAGGCCUCAGCAGUGAAGACAAGGAAGUUCUGGCAUUACUUGUAAAAGCUGCAAAAAUAAUGGACCACAUUUUCUUCAUUCAGGUCUGGUUCAGCAAUCCAUCUUUGAGAGACUGGCUAGAGCUGCAUGCUGACGAGUCUCCGUUGAACAACUUAAAGUGGAUGUAUUUUGCUGUCAACAAGAGUCCAUGGUCAUGUCUCGAUGAAAAUGAGGCAUUCUUGACCACUGCAGACUCAGCAGUGAAGCUGCUUCCUGAAGCUACAAAGCCAGUGGCAGGGUGGAAGGGAGUUGAAUAUAGGACAGCAUUUUCGGUUGCCAAACCACCUGGUGCAAACUUUUAUCCUCCAGAUAUGGACAAAAUGGAAUUUGAAUUAUGGAAAAAGAGUCUUCCAGAAGAUAAACAGAAAGAAGCGAUUGGCUUUUUCAAUGUAAUCAAAAGGGAAAGUGAGAGAAUAUUGGAUGAGUCUCUUUCAGCAGCCACCCCAGGCAGCGCUCAUGAUUUGUAUAUGGUGCCUUACUCUCAAGAGUAUAAUGCUCUUCUUACUAAGGCUUCUGAUCUAUUGCACAAAGCUGGGGACUUGACCACUUGUUUCAGUUUGAAGAAGCUAUUGCAUAGCAAGGCUGAUGCCUUCCUAUCAAAUGAGUACUACGAUUCAGAUAUUGCCUGGAUGGAAUUGGAUUCAAAGCUGGAUAUUACUAUUGGUCCAUAUGAGACAUAUGAAGACGCACUUUUUGGAUACAAGGCCACUUUUGAGGCAUUUAUUGGAGUUCGGGAUGAUGAGGCUACCUGUCAACUUAAACUAUUUGGUGACCAUUUACAGGUUUUGGAGAAAAAUCUUCCAAUGGACGAUCUUUAUAAAUCAGAAGACGUGACUGCAGCUCCAAUUCGAGUGGUGCGGCUUAUUUAUAAUGCCGGGGACGUGAAGGGCCCACAAACUAUCGCAUUUAACCUUCCAAAUGAUGAACGGAUAGUAAAUGACAAAGGAACCUCUAUGGUCAUGCUGAAGAAUGUUUCAGAAGCAAAGUUUAAACUUAUUCUUCUGCCUAUAGCCCAUGUAUGCGUUAUUGAGGAACAACGUAAGUAUGUGGAUUUCGACUCAUUCUUCACUCACACGAUUUGUCAUGAGUGCUGUCAUGGUAUUGGACCUCAUACAAUCACACUUCCAAAUGGACAAAAGUCGACUGUGAGGCUGGAGUUGCAAGAAGUUCACUCGGCUCUGGAAGAAGCUAAAGCUGACAUUGUUGGCCUUUGGGCUCUAAGGUUUCUUGUUAACAAGAAUCUACUACCAAAGACCUUGCUCAAGUCCAUGUACGUUUCUUUCCUUGCUGGUUGCUUCCGGUCUAUACGGUUUGGCUUAGAGGAAGCUCACGGGAAAGGACAAGCAUUGCAGUUUAAUUAUUUAUUUGAGAAGGGGGCCUUCCUUUUGCAGCCUGAUGGAACAUUUUCUGUUGACUUUGAUAAGGUUGAAGAUGCAGUUGAGAGCUUGAGUAGAGAGAUCCUCACAAUACAAGGAAGAGGCGACAAAGGCGCUGCAGAAGCUCUUCUUUUGAAGUAUUGUGUGAUGACACAACCAUUAAAAUCCGCGCUUGAAAAACUGACAAUGAUUGAGGUUCCAGUUGAUAUACUGCCUCAUUUCCCUAUUGCUGAUGAAGUCUUUGGCAACAAAAUCUGAUUGCUGUUAGGGUUCUGUUCUGAUCCCAGUGAAGCAGGAAAUCUUGCUUAAACCUAAAAAACCAGAAUCAAAGGAGAUUGCAGUGUUUUCGUGUCUUGGCACUUGGCUUGCUUUUGGUCAAUAAUUUGCACUCAAAAUGAUUCAACAUUAUUGUAGGCACUGAAUAAUGGCUAGAUAAAAGAUGCCAUUUGACAAUAUCCUUGUUUAUUUUGUUUUUCAAUAUUACACAAUUUAAAUAAAGUUAAUAACAUUUUUCUUUAAA